ACUUUCGCAGCGUCCACAAUAGCCACUAUACUCCAUCUAUCCAGACAUGCUUAAACGACAGCCGACGACUCCAGAUGGAAAGUUUGUUGAUAACAGACUACAAGACAGCACCCGUUUGAACAAACCUUUCAAAUGCCCUACACUAAUCGUGCAAAGGGAACAGCCACAAAGGAAACACAAACGAAAGUCUUACAAAGGCGCAGAUGGUGAUGAAGAUGGCGAUGAGUCGGAUGAUGACUCAAGACGAAAGACGAAGAAGAAGAAAACCACCAAAGACGGAGCAUUCGAAAGCCCUCGAGAUAAUAAUGUCAGGCACUACCCAGUAUACAAGCCAAAACCUUUUAAUGAAGUAUCAGGCAAAUUUGCCAUCCCCGCCAUGCGUACCGCGGAUGGAGAGAUUGUACACAAGACUGUAUCCAACAUCUCGCUUGGCAUUCGACCCGUUGUUAAUAUUAUUCCUCGUCCUCUGUUCGAUCCCAUGGAAGACCAUGCGCUCGUCCUGUAUGACCCUACCAUUGACGAUCGGGAAACUGACGAAGAAAGAAAAGAGAGAGAAAAGGAAGAAGCUAAGGAACGUGCUGCUAAGGAAGCGGAAGAGAAGAACGCAGGUCUUUACAAUCCGCACAAGCCCUUGAAAGAGCUUCUCGGCGGCGGAAAAGACAAGAAGAAGACCGGCAAGGUAGCCGUAGUAAUUGACCCUCGUCUCACGAAAGUGUUGCGGCCACAUCAAGUGGAGGGUGUCAAGUUCUUGUAUAAAUGCACGACUGGCAUGGUGGUCGAGAAUCAAUACGGUUGCAUCAUGGCGGACGAAAUGGGUCUCGGAAAGACGUUACAAUGCAUUGCUCUUAUGUGGACAUUGAUUAAGCAAUCUCCACGUGCUGGGAAGCCUACGAUAGAGAAAUGUAUCAUCGCUUGUCCAUCGAGUUUGGUCAAGAACUGGGCCAAUGAACUUGUUAAGUGGCUUGGUAAAGAUGCCAUCUCUGCGCUUGCAAUCGAUGGGAAAGGUACUAAGAGUGACAUGUUGGCGAAGGUCGCCAGGUGGGUCGCUGCAGGCGGACGCAAUGUCUCUCAACCAGUCAUGAUUGUCUCAUAUGAGACUCUGCGUACACUCAGUGUUCACCUGGCCAACUGUCCAAUAGGGUUGCUUCUGUGUGAUGAAGGACAUCGCCUGAAGAACUCCGAAUCAUUGACUUUUCAAACUCUGAAUGGGUUGAACGUCAAACGACGAGUAAUUCUGUCAGGGACACCCAUACAGAAUGAUCUUUCAGAAUAUUUCUCACUCCUCAAUUUCGCUAAUCCGAACUUCCUCGGGUCCAAAAACGACUUCAGAAAGAACUUCGAGAACGCUAUUAUCAGAGGUCGUGAUGCAGACGCUAGCGACGCUAACAAAGCUGCAUGUGAGAAGAAGCUCAAAGAACUAGGAGGACUCGUCGCCAAGUUCAUCAUUCGCCGAACCAAUGACUUGCUCUCGAAAUACUUGCCGGUCAAGUACGAACAAGUCGUAUUCUGCCAUCUUUCCGACUUCCAGUUGUCCCUGUAUCGUUUGUUCAUUAGCUCUCCCGAGAUUCAGGCUCUCCUACGAGGGACAGAUUCUCAGCCUCUUAAAGCAAUCAAUAUCCUCAAGAAACUCUGUAAUCAUCCAGAGCUUUUGGAUUUACCAAAUGACCUGCAAGGCUCCGAACCGCUUAUCCCAGAAGGCUUCAAUGGAGCAGGUGCGAGUGCCAGAGACCGAGGACGGAACCAAACCGUCAACUGCCAAUGGAGUGGCAAGUUCAUGGUUCUAGAACGAUUCCUGCAUCGAAUAAGGACCGAGACCAAUGACAAGAUCGUCUUAAUCAGCAACUAUACCCAGACACUGGAUCUAUUUGAGAAGCUGCUCCGUAGCAAGAAGUAUGGAUACUUCCGACUUGAUGGAUCCAUGAGCAUUCCAAAGCGGCAGAAACUUGUGGACCAGUUUAAUAAUCCCGAAGGCAAGGAGUUCGUGUUCUUGCUCAGUAGUAAGGCUGGAGGAUGUGGUAUCAACCUCAUCGGUGCCAACCGCUUGAUUCUGUUCGACCCUGACUGGAACCCGGCAGCUGACCAGCAGGCCCUCGCUCGUGUGUGGCGUGAUGGUCAGAAGAAGGAGUGUUUCGUGUAUCGGUUCAUAUCGACUGGAACGAUCGAGGAGAAGAUUUUCCAGCGUCAGGCAAACAAGCAGGCCUUGUCUUCUGCAGUUGUCGACGAGAAGGAGGAUGCCGAGCGUCAUUUCUCAAUUGAUUCGCUCAGGAAAUUGUUCCUUUUCAACGAGGAUACUAUUUGCGAAACACAUGAGACAUUCAAAUGCAAACGGUGCAGUAACGGUAGACAGCUUAGGAAGGCGCAGGCGUUGUUAUACGGGGAUGCUAGCACCUGGAACCACUUCACCAAUACUGAGCUCAAGAAUAAUCACGAUGAUCUUCUUCGAGCUGAAGUCGGCUUGCCGCAGGUUUCAUUUGUCUUCCAGUAUAUCAGUCAUUAGAUUUUUUUUCCACAGUCGCGUUGGGUUUGCUAGAUUCCUUCGACCUGUAUUAUAUUCAUAUACAACUGUAACAUACCACGGAACAAAUAUACCACGCAUCCGAUGAACACCAAGAAAUGACACCUCCAUGAAACUAGAAAUACAGAGAUUUUGUUACACAUUGACA